GACAUUUCUCCCACCAAUUCAACGCUUAGUGAAAUCUGCACGAUGUCCACGCUACCAGAGCAUGACACGUUCUACCUCGACACGCACCUCAAGUACUUGGCGAAUCUGUCCAAGCAGAAAGAAAGCCUGGAGAGCUGCCUCAGUGAGCACUUGCGUGUAUCGGCGUUCUACUGGGCGGCGGGGAGUCUUUGUGCCUUGGGCAAGGCGCAUCACAUUCCAGACGAGUUGAUUCAGUGGCUUCUGGCAUGCCAGCAUCCGAACGGUGGAUUCGGAGGAAACAUUGGUCAUGACCGCCAUUUGCUUUACACCUGUCAUGCCGUGCUGUCACUUGUGAUGCUGGGGAAGGAAGAUCAAGUCCUUGCAGAGGAGACAGCAGACUUUGUCGUAUCGCUGCAACAGCCGGACGGGUCGUUUGUCGGCGACAUUCACGGUGAAGUUGACACCAAGUACACGUAUUGCGCACUGAGUGUGCUCAAGAUCCUCAAGCAAGAGCACCGCAUCAACAUCGACGCAGCUAUGGCAUACAUCAAGACAUGCCAGAACUUUGACGGUGGGUUUGGCAACAUCCCCGGCUGCGAGUCGCACGGCGGGCACAUCUUCACGGCAGUCGGCGCGCUCUCGAUGGGACAGCAGCUCGACAAGUACGUCGACGUGGACACACUGGGUUGGUGGCUCUGCGAACGGCAGUGCGACUCGGGCGGGCUUAAUGGCCGCCCCGAAAAGCAGGCCGAUGUGUGUUACAGUUGGUGGAACAUUUCGUGCCUCGUCAUGAUGGGAAAACUCCACUGGAUCAACACGGACAAGUUGAUUCAGUUCAUCCUCAACUGCCAAGACAAGGACGACGGCGGGAUUGCCGACCGACCUGGCAACGUCAGCGAUAUCUUCCAUACUUUUUUCGGCAUUUGCGGCCUCAGCAUGCUCGGGUACUUUGAUUCGUGCGAGGACAAGGCACGGUUUGCCGCGAUCAAGAAAAUCCACCCCGUUUUUGCGAUCCCGGACGCGGACGUUGCGCGGUUGGGGCUCACGGCGCAAAUUCUGUAGCUUUGACACGAACGGCCAUGCUAGUGUACGUUCAGCCCAUCGAAGUGUAUUAGUUAAAUGGACUAGUUUCAGCUACAAUCGGAGCGGUACAUCGACUAUAGGUCCAUCGGCGUUCCGUCUUCAACCACCAAGAGCGGUUCAAAGUGCUGACGCACAACACCUAAAAUCCAAAAAUGUCAAAAGCCCGGUCUAAAGCGU